GCGAUGAUCCCAGCCAACGCCUCCGCCAGGAAGGGGCCCGAGGGCAAGUACCCGCUGCACUACCUCGUGUGGCACAACCGCCACCGGGAGCUGGAGAAAGAGGUCCGCGCCGGCCAGGUGGACAUCGAGCAGCUGGAUCCCCGUGGUCGGACUCCCCUGCACCUGGCCACCACACUGGGGCACCUCGAGUGUGCCCGUGUGCUCCUGGCACACGGCGCAGAUGUGGGCAGGGAGAAUCGCAGCGGCUGGACAGUGCUUCAGGAGGCUGUGAGUACCCGCGACCUGGAGCUGGUGCAGCUGGUGCUGCGGUACCGGGACUACCAGCGGGUGGUGAAGCGGCUGGCAGGCAUCCCCGUCCUCCUGGAGAAGCUGCGCCAGGCCCAGGACUUCUACGUGGAGAUGAAGUGGGAGUUCACUAGCUGGGUGCCCCUGGUGUCCAAGAUCUGCCCUAGUGACACCUACAAAGUGUGGAAGAGUGGGCAGAACCUGCGGGUAGACACCACGCUCCUGGGCUUUGACCACAUGACAUGGCAGCGAGGGAACCGCAGCUUUGUCUUCAGGGGCCAAGACACGAGUGCUGUAGUCAUGGAGAUUGACCACGACCGCCGGGUGGUAUACACGGAGACUCUGGCCCUGGCCGGGCAGGACCGGGAGCUGCUGCUGGCUGCUGCCCAGCCCACUGAGGAGCAGGUCCUGAGCCGGCUCACUGCGCCCGUGGUCACCACGCAGCUGGACACCAGGAAUAUCUCCUUCGAGAGGAACAAGACUGGCAUCCUGGGCUGGCGCAGUGAGAAGACAGAGAUGGUGAAUGGGUAUGAAGCCAAGGUAUAUGGGGCAUCCAAUGUGGAGCUCAUCACCAGGACACGGACAGAGCACCUUUCAGAACAGCACAAGGGCAAGGUCAAAGGAUGUAAGACACCUCUUCAGUCCUUCCUGGGAAUUGCUGAGCAGCAUGGGGGCCCCCAAAAUGGGACCCUGAUCACUCAGACUCUGAGCCAGGCCAACCCCACCGCUAUCACCGCGGAAGAGUACUUCAACCCCAACUUUGAGCUUGGCAACCGUGACAUGGGCCGCCCCAUGGAACUUACCACCAAGACGCAGAAGUUCAAGGCCAAGCUGUGGCUGUGUGAGGAGCAUCCCCUGUCCCUGUGUGAGCAGGUGGCCCCUAUCAUUGACCUCAUGGCUGUCAGCAAUGCGCUUUUCGCCAAGCUCCGGGAUUUCAUUACCCUCCGCCUGCCUCCUGGCUUCCCGGUCAAGAUUGAAAUCCCGAUCUUCCACAUCCUCAACGCGCGCAUCACCUUUGGGAACCUCAAUGGCUGUGACGAACCAGUGCCGUCCGUGCGAGGCAGCCCAAGCAGUGAGACCCCUUCCCCGGGCAGCGACUCCUCCAGUGUCAGCAGCUCCAGUUCCACGACCUCCUGCCGCGGUUGCGAGAUCUCCCCUGCCUUGUUCGAGGCCCCACGUGGCUACAGCGUGCUGGGCGGCCAGAGGGAGGCGGCCAGCCGCGAUGACGAUGACGACCUGCUGCAGUUUGCCAUCCAGCAGAGCCUCCUUGAGGCGGGCAGUGAGUAUGAUCAGGUCACCAUCUGGGAGGCCUUAACUAACAGCAAGCCAGGCACUCACCCCAUGUCCUACGAGAGUCACCGACAGGACAGGAGCGCUCCGCCCACGCCGCAGCGCCGGCCGGCAUCCCCCGCGUCCCUGACGUCGGUCUCUAGCCCCAGGCCCAGCCCGGGCCCAGGUCCAGGUGGUCGCGUGUUCCAGAGCUAUGACGAGCAGCUGCGGCUGGCCAUGGAGCUGUCCGCGCAGGAGCAGGAGGAGCGGCGGCAGCGAGCGCGCCAGGAGGAGGAGGAGCUGGAGCGCAUCCUGCGGCUGUCCCUGACCGAGCAGUAGCGCCCACUGCCGAGCCCCUUGGCAGUGCCACGCCAGACCCGCCCUGAAGCGAGAUCAGCCCAGUGGACGCGCCCACCGAGCUUCAGCUGGAAACUGGAGCCGCAGCCUCAGGGGCAUAGUGGAGCAGCCUGCCAGCUGGGGAGGAGUUUGGCAGGGCUGCAGGACACCUUUCCGGGCAGCGCCCUGCAGGGAGCUGGCUCGCUGGAUCCCCCUGCUUUGCUGUAUCCUGACCCUCACCCCUCACCUUGGGCUUAGACGUGUUGAAGGGUGGAGCCAGGCAGUCCUGAGGGGCAGGUGGGUCCCUAGAGGAGCAGAGUCCCAUCCUUGCUCCUUUGGCCGGUUCUUCUUUCUGCUCACUGGUCCCACUCCAGGACACUGCCAGUGAAGCCUUUGCAUCUCCCUUCCUCACUCCUGGGGCGGGGACAGCUAAGCUCCCCGCGUGCUCUGUUGCUGCUUUGUCCCGAACACAAACCAGCAAGCACAUCAAGGGCCCCCACCCCGGCAUUUCAGCGUCAAGUGCACUUAGCGGGGUGCCGGGCCCCCACAGCCCCUAACCCUCCCGGGUCUCAGGGUGGUCCCAGCUUCUUGGGUGGCCAGAGGUUGAAGUCCCUAUCCCCAAGGCAUGAUUUUGUAAUCAGGGAGGGUGUCUAGCCCUCCCCCCCACAACAUCCCCAGCUUGGACACGACCUGGCCACCUCAUGGUGUCUUAGCAAAUGAGGGGGGCUUACUGGGUUGGGGGCAAGCACUAGACCCUGUAUAUAUACUGGGCACAGAGGGGUCUCCCAGGGCCCUGGCACCACCACCCACUCCUCCCCACCAGCUGCUGCUAGCCCUCUGUGGUUGUGUGUCCCACUCACCCCUACGCAGGGGUUGACUGUAAAACCCUUCAUCCAAUGGUGCUAACCCCCGGCUCUUCCCUGCCCUGCCCUGCCCACCCAGAGAAGCACAGACCCCACCAGGGGCAGAGACCCACUGCACACCCUUGUCCGGGUUCUCUCAGACUGGCCUUCCUGGUUCAGCCAGUGAGACUCAGACAGGACACAAAAGGAAUGGAAGAAAAGAACAAAGAAACUCUUCCUCUCCCCACUUCCCUGAUGCCAGGGGCACCAGACUGAUUCUGAGGCACAAAUAAAAGAGGCUUCAAACCCGACGCUUUUCCUACCUGCUUUACUGGGGAAGACUGCUCACCCGUGGGUCGGGGUUCCUUCUGAACCUCAGUGUGGGAGAAGGCUCUGAGGUAGGAGGACGCCUGGUGGAUCCUGGGCCCAUGGUUGCAUUUGUUAAGGCCCUGGAUGCCAGGGGUACAUUUUCAGAGUCUGGUGUGUGUGUGGGGGGGCGUGCUCUCACCACCUCCCCUCCCACUUAGGCAGGAAGUACAGACAGAUAACUUAAUAAAAUAUUUCAUUCAAUUCA